AUGGCUUCUCCCGAUCCCGACGACCAUCUCCAAGCCCUCGAGAAGGAGCUCAGCCUGCUUCGGACAGUGCUCACCGCCCACAAGCACGCCGUGGCUGACCUCACCCAAAGCUGCCGCGACAUACGCGCCGAGUUCGACGACACGAACAAGAAACACGCACAGCUCACGCGGGCCUUCGAAGGCUGCAGGGCGGACCUGUGGCACGCCUCCUCCGGCAUGGACCGGAAGGCGGCGGCGCGGGCCGAGGAGAGGAUGGCAUCCGUGAUCGAGGAGCAGGUCAAGAUCCAGAGGCGGCUGCCCCAGAUGUACAAGCGGCUGGGGGAGAUGGUUGGGGCCCGGGACGCGAUGAGGGAGAGCACCGGCGAGUACAAGGACAAGAUCGCCAGGAAGGUGGAGGAGAUCCACACUCUCCAGCCGUGCCAGAGCCUCAUUUGCGCCCACUGUGGAAGGGGCGGCGCUGCGACGCUGCGGAAGGCCAAGGUCAACUUCAAGGAUCGCGUGGCGAGGAUGUGGAGGGCUGAGUGA